CUUUUCUGCGUGAGCCUGAGAGAGGCAGGCACUUCUAAGCCGCCAUGCCCGUUGCCAGGAGUUGGGUUUGUCGGAAGACGUACGUCACCCCCCGCCGCCCCUUUGAGAAGUCUCGUCUCGACCAGGAGUUAAAACUUAUUGGCGAGUAUGGACUGAGAAACAAGCGUGAGGUGUGGAGAGUGAAAUUCACCCUGGCCAAGAUUCGUAAAGCUGCCAGAGAGCUGCUCACUCUGGAUGAGAAGGACCCCAAGCGUCUCUUUGAAGGUAAUGCUUUGCUGAGGCGUCUUGUGAGGAUUGGUGUGCUGGAUGAAGGAAAAAUGAAGCUGGAUUACAUCCUUGGCCUGAAAGUUGAGGAUUUCUUGGAGAGAAGGUUGCAAACACAGGUCUUUAAACUUGGACUUGCCAAAAGUAUCCACCAUGCCCGUGUCCUGAUCCGCCAGAGGCACAUUCGGGUUCGCAAGCAAGUGGUGAAUAUCCCGUCCUUUGUGGUUCGUCUGGACAGCCAGAAGCACAUCGACUUCUCUCUGAGGUCUCCGUAUGGUGGUGGCCGCCCAGGUCGCGUCAAGAGAAAGAACGCCAAGAAGGGUCAGGGUGGAGCAGGAGGAGCGGAUGAUGAGGAGGAGGAUUAAGUGUGUCCUCUGAAGGAGUGAUGUUUUCUCCUGUAAAAAUUCAAUAAAAGUAUCUCUUUCUAAACA